GUCAUUAUCCGCCGUCUUAUGGGGGCGGAUGAGAGGUGGCAUCCAAUCAGCGCGGGAGCCGCUUCCGGGACUGUCGCGAAGUUCCGAGCGCGCGAGGGCUAUUUCUGGCGGCCAAUGGGCGUCCAGGGAGGGAGACAGAGGGGCCGCGGCCCAGUGAGGCGCGAGGCGGGAAAAUGAGCAACCAAUAGGGAGCAAGGGAUCCUGUGAGAAGCGCGAAACCGGCCGCGCGCAGCCGUUGCCUCUGCCUCGGCCGACUCUUCGCCAUGGCCGGCCGCCGCCGCUUCCUCCCGCCGUCGUCGGUGCUCGCCUUGCUGUUGGCGGCGGCCCUGCCCGCCCGCGGCACCCUCUACUUCCGGGAGCAGUUCCUAGACGGAGCAAAAUGGCAAGCGAGAUGGGUGCUUUCUCAGCAUAAAUCCAACUAUGGGAAGUUCAGGUUGACAGCUGGGAGUUUUUAUGGAGAUCGUGAAACAGACAAAGGGUUGCAGACAAGUGAAAAUGUAAAGUUUUAUGCCAUUUCGUCACGAUUUAAGUCAUUCAGCAACAAAGGAAGGUCUUUGGUCAUUCAGUAUACAGUCAAGCAUGAACAGAAGAUCGACUGUGGAGGCGGAUAUGUGAAAAUCUUCCCCUCCAACCUGGACCAAAAGAACAUGAGUGGAGAAUCCCUGUACUACAUCAUGUUUGGGCCUGAUAUUUGUGGCUCCGAUACAAAGAAAGUCCAUGUCAUUUUAAACUACAAGAACAAACUUUAUCCAAUUAAGAAACAAAUUCGCUGCAAAGUAGAUGGAUUCACUCACCUGUAUACACUGGUUUUAAGGCCAGACCACACUUACAGAGUGAAAAUAGAUAAUGAAAUGGUUGCAUCAGGCGACUUGGAAGAUGACUGGGAUUUCCUGCUGCCAAGGAGGAUAAAUGACCCAGCAGUGACGAAGCCAGAGAACUGGGUUGAUGCUGCUGAAAUCAGUGAUCCAGAGGACACCAAGCCGGAGGAUUGGGAUGUUCCCGAAUACAUUGUGGACACCAGUGCUGAGAAACCGGACAACUGGGACGACAUGAAACAGGGUGCCUGGCAGCGCCCCUUGCUGAAGAAUCCUCUCUACGGGGGAGAGUGGCAGCCCAGGAAGAUCCCAAAUCCCACCUUCAAAGGCGUUUGGCCCCACCCGCAGAUUGCAAAUCCCGAGUAUGUGCCGGACGCAAGUAUUUCCGUCUACGAGAACAUCAGCGUCAUUGGCCUGGACCUCUGGCAGGUGCGAUCUGGAACCAUUUUUGAUAACUUCUUGAUCACUGAUGACGAAGGAUACGCAGAAGAAUUUGGCGAUGAGACGUGGGGAGAAACGAAGGACCCCGAGCAGAAAAUGAGCAAGCGGCAGGUCGAGGAAGAGAAGAGGAGGGAGCGGGCGAAGGCGGAGAAGGCGCCCAAGAAGAACAAGAAGGAGGAGGAGGAGGCAGGCGCGCCCCGGGAGGCGGCGAUUGUGGCCCAGAAGGAAGAGCUGUGA